AUGCGUGGCCUUGACGAGAGCGCCGACGUCCUUUUACGCACUGGCCAGAAGGCGCAGGAACAAGUGCGAUAUGCUUGGGCUGGCUUUAUAAAUUUUGCCGCGCGAGAUAAUGUUCUCGAGGUUGCGUUGGCUAAUUCCUUCACUAAAGUCGUUACAUCGUUUGUAUCAGACCUAGUUUUGCCGAUUGUCUCUCUACUGCCGUUUUUGAAUCGGAACAUGGAUGAGAAGUUCGCUGUUCUCUCAAAGGGCCCGAAUUAUGACCCGCAGUAUGGGUACAACACCCUCUAUCAAGCAAGAGAAGAUGGAGCACUGGUUUUGGCGUAUGGAUUAUUUAUCGAGACAGUCAUCAACUUCAUGGGUGUCAGCCUUACUCUGUACGCCGUCGGACAUCUGUACAUGCUUAUCACUCAUGACAAAAUUAUCAAGCCUACUGUUCGGUGUCCAUACUGUAAGCAGUAUAUUGGUGUAUCGGCGCUUCGUUGUCGCCAUUGCUCGACAUGGCAAGACGGAAGGGAAGACGAGCCCCGGAGUGAUAGAAGUUCUCGCGAGGGACUGGCGGAUGCCGGGUCGAGUUUAAUAGAGGAAGCUCCAUAG